AUGAGUGCUGAACGCAAUCCCAAGGACUCCAUGAAGUCCACCUGGCGGCGACAAGCCCGCUCGGAGUGGACGCUCUUCCACUGGUUCUACGAAAUACUGGCUAUUCACCCGGAGCAUCUCGAUACCAACAUCCCCGUUCAUCUCAAGGAGGAGGCCGUACCAUACGUCCCCGACUGGUCCAUGCACCGCUGGGUCCUCACCCACUCCAUCAUCCCCAUCAUCCUGCAGCACGCCUACGUCCAAUAUACGGGGCACAACCUCGGCCCGAUCGGCGCAUUCAUCUUGUACAGCAUAGCCUUCAAGGCCAUCGCCAUCCACGAAAUACACGUCCUCCGCCGCCUGGGCCAUGUGCACGGCUUCCUCGACGGCGAUAAACACGCCCGCGACGGUGUCCCCGAUGUUAGCGUUGCAAAGGUCGUCCGCUCGCUACUCUCUACUUCAACCUUCCGUCCCAUGUUCACCGUCUUCUUCGCCUACCGCACCGCCCAGGCCCCCUCCUCUAUGAGCUUUGCCUGGCUUCCUCUCGAAAUCGGCCUUUACGGUAUUAUCCUCGACUUCUGGUUCUACUGGUAUCACCGUAUCAUGCACGAUUUCGACGGUCUAUGGAAAUACCACCGCACCCACCAUUUGACUAAACACCCCAACCCCUUGCUCACCCUCUACGCCGAUACUGAGCAAGAAUUUUUCGAUAUCGCCGGUAUCCCGCUGAUGACCUUCUUCACGAUGAAACUCAUGGGUAUGCCUAUGGGUUUCUACGAGUGGUGGAUUUGCCAUCAGUACGUCGUUUUCGCCGAGUUGGCCGGUCACUCUGGUCUGCGGUUGCAUGCUUCCCCGCCUUCUACGUUGAGCUGGUUCUUGCGCUGGUUCGAUGCGGAACUCGUUAUUGAGGAUCAUGAUUUGCAUCAUCGUAAGGGCUGGAAGAAGAGUCAUAACUAUGGCAAGCAGACCCGUCUGUGGGAUCGGGUGUUUGGUACUUGCUGUGAUCGGAUUGAAUCCGUGCAGGGGAAUGUGGAUUAUGCGAAUCAAUCGCCUAUGCCAUUGUAUUGA